AUGGAAACCAUGGAGGUGUAUGAGGAGAAAAAGAGGGCGUCAGAGGAGGUGCAGAGCUGCUACAGGUUAUAGGUUAAAUCUCCAAAGAAGAGGAAGAAGAACAAGGCUCAGCAGGGGGAGAUCAUGUAGAAACCCCAAAAGCCCAGAUCAGCCUACCUGCUGUACUACUUUGACGUGCACCAGACCAUACAGCAGGAGUUCCCCAGCCUGCACCAGUCUGAGAUCAUCAAGAGGAUCAGUGGGUGUUGGAAGAGGCUCAAUGUGGCAAACAAGGGCUACUACCUGGAGAAGGCCAAGCUGGAGAAGGAAGGGACGCACACUACAUCGCUGGGCCCUUCCAAGGAGCUCCCAGGCUGUAGGAUCCUCCCCAGGGCCAACUACAUCCUCCUGCCUAAGGGGGCACGGACAGGUUCCCAACUGGAGGUGAAGAAGACUCCAGUGGAAGGUGCAGCCCCUUCAAGACGUCUCCCCAGAAACAACCAACCAGCCCUGGGGACACCCCUGAGACUGGUGUGCCUCCCUCUGAUGACCAGACAGCCCCUACCAGUAAUGUGCCUGGAGGGUGGAAUGCAGGGAGAGGACCACUGGAGUCCGGAAGACCGAUGCACCGUGCAGUUACAGCAGGGUCAUCACCAGAGAGGGGACCUAAGAAUGUCUACGGCGCAGGGCAGGGGUCGCUGUGAGAACCCGUCAUGUGGCUACAUAUAUAAGAACAGCCUACAGAGAGCCCCUGCUGUGGAUGGGAACUGUGCAGGAAGAAAGGCAACGGAAACAUGGUACAGCUCAGACUGGGCGAGCAUCCUAACCAGGCAGUCAGGACAAAUCCUGGACCACAUCCACAACCACCCUGUCAUAUCUCUGAGUCCCGGGGAGUUGGCCAAUGUCCAGGAGCUGCUGGUCAGUGGCUACUGGGCCUUUGAGUGUCUGACGGCGAGGGACUACAAUGACAUGACCUGUGGUGUGUGUGGCAUCGCCCCCAAGAUGAAGAUGUACCAGCGUUUACGUGGCCAGACUUCGGGGCUCCACCCACUGAGGAGGGGCUCCACCGUCAUCAACACAGAGAAGGACAAGGCCCUACUACUCACACAACACAGCUCUCUGGCUGGCCAGCUCAGACCAUACCGGUUGGACGAGCACAGUGCAGAGGAGCUCAAAGUCAUACGGGACUGCUGUCAAUCCAUCCAGUAG